ACCCGGAAGAGGGUGUGGCUCUGAGUUGGGAGUUGGCUGGAUCAGGAAGCGUCGGAGACCAGGACCAGGACCGAGAGAUCCCGGGACCAGAACUCUCAGAACACUCUAACCCAGAGAUCAAAGUCCGCAAGCCGGUUCAGACAAUUUGUAAAACUUUAUUGAGUUUGAAAAGUGAGGCAGUAGCUUCACUCCGUUAGCCGCUAACAGCUAACAGCUAGCCUGCUGCUAACCGGGAAGUUACGGAUUCAGGUGAAUUCGGGCUCGAGCCGCAGGUGUGUUUUCCUCAGAGGAUUCAGACAGCGGCAGAUUAACAGACGGCAGCUGCAGGAGACAUUCAGUGUUUAACACCUGCUGCCGUUUAUUCACAGAAGAAGAAGAAGAUGAGUGGAGGAGUGAACAGCAUCGAGGCUGUGAAGAAGAAGAUUAAAGUCCUGCAGGAGCAGGCGGAGGAAGCGGAGGAGAGAGCAGAGAGACUGCAGAGGGAGGUGGAGAAGGAGAAGAGGAGCAGAGAGGAGGCGGAGGCCGAGGUGUCGUCUCUGAACCGUCGUCUGCAGCUCAGCGAGGAGAAUCUGGACCGAGCUCAGGAGAGACUCGCCACUGCCCUGCACAAACUAGACGAGGUGGAGAAGGCUGCUGAUGAGAGCGAGAGAGGUAUGAAGGUGAUAGAGAACAGAGCUCUGAAGGACGAGGAGAAGAUGGAGCAGUUGGAGGUUCAGCUGAGAGAAGCCAAACAGAUCGCAGAGGAGGCCGAUCGCAAAUAUGAGGAGGUGGCUCGUAAACUGGUGAUGGUGGAAGGAGAACUGGAACGAGCUGAAGAUAGAGCUGAGCAGUCUGAGAGUAAAAGUCGAAUGUUGGAGGAGGAGCUGAAAACUGUCUUCACUAGUUCAAAGUCUCUGGAGGCCCAGGCUGAGAAGUAUUCUCAGAAGGAGGACAGGUAUGAAGAAGAAAUCAAGAACCUGAGCAGCAAACUCAAGGAGGCUGAGACCAGAGCAGAGUUUGCUGAGCGUUCAGUGGCCAAACUGGAGAAAACCAUCGAUGACCUGGAAGACGCUCUGACUUCAGCCAGAAACGCUAACAUGGAGCUUCAGGCGACUCUGAAUCAGACCAUGGAGGAACUCAACUCCUGCUGAAUGUUCUCCUCCCCUACUGCUCCUCCCCUCCCUCCCCCUUCUCCCCUCCCUCUGCUGCCUGACAGGUUGACGUCAGGGAAAUCUGUGGCCAAAACAUUCCUAUUACUCCUCCUUACACCUGCACUUCCUGCUGCUGAACCUCCCUUCACUGUUGCUCCUCCAACUCCCUCCUGGUGGAUGUUGAGGAGGUCAGGGUUAAACUCUGUGGCCAAAACAUUCCUCCCCUUCCCCUCCUCCUCCUCUCUUAAUGAUUCCUGCUUUCACACAUUCCUUUUCUGAACCUUUAAGUCACAUUUGAAGUGUUGCUUUAAUUUCCUCCUGUCUGGCCCUCCUCCUCCUCCUCCUCCUCCUCCUCCUCCUCACCCGCUGAUGGUGCCAAGCCCCCUCCUGCCUCCUCCCCUCCCUCCUCCCCCUCAGUAUUAUGUGAGGGAGGCCAGACAAGGAGCUGCUCAAUGUUUUUUUGUCUAUAAGGGAGUUUAACAGUGACUUACCCCCCCCCCCCGUUAAGAACUAAUUAACUAAUUAACAACUAAUUAAGCGUUUGUCUGAACGGUUUCUCUUUACUCUAAUUAGUUUUUUUGCCACAAUAAUCAGUGAUUGAUUGAUUGCUUGCUUAGAGCCAACAUCCUGUUCGGUAAUGAUUUAUGUUUGUUCCUGGGGGUGUGGUUUAAGAUAGCCAAUCACAGCGAGGCAUUCCACUGCCAUGGUAACCCUGGGGCCAAUCAGAGACACACCCCCAGUUUUUUUUUUUUCUACAGGUGACCUUUUACCUGAUGACAUGAAUAAAGUUUAGAAAUGUUUUUACCUGGAAGCUGGUGAUGAUGUCAUCACUGUGCUGAUGUCAUCACUGUGCUGAUGUCACAGCUCAUUGUAAUAAAACAUGACAGGAUUUUAUAAAAUAAAAGCACCGUCACUGGUAUCUAGAUCCAA